UGACAGAGACUCACACGAGCAAACCACAGCCGUACAGCAGGUGAACAGAGAGACAAUGAUUGCCGGCGCUCCCACCGCAACGAUGCUCCUGAUGCUCUCCCCGGCAGCGCGCGCUUUCGUGCGACCGGUUGGCCCCGCGGCCCUGUGUGGCGUGCGGUGGUCGAAGGUCAACAGCGCCUCCCACCAGACGCGGGCCAAGUCGUCAGCGCCGACGAAGAUGGCGCUCGAGAGCGAGGAGGACAAGUGCAUGUACGCCUUCGGCGCAGCACUCGCCACCCAGACCGACCAGUUCAGGAAGCUGCUUACCGUAGAGGAGAGAAAGAUCGGGCUCAUGGGGUUCAGCGACCACUGGCUGGAGUCGGGGAUGCAGCUGGACCACAGCCAGUACGCGGAGAAGGUGAACAACAUCCUCCAGGCGCGCAACGAGGCGCUGGAGAAGAGCAUGGCGGAGAAGGGGGUGGGUUUCCUAGCCGAUGCGGCGAAGGAGGAGGGGGCCGUGCAAACAGCCAGCGGUAUGGUGGUCCAGACGGUGGUGGAGGGGACCGGAGCGUCACCAUUGCCCACCGACACCGUGAAGGUGCACUACCACGGUACCCUCAUCGACGGGUCUGUGUUUGACUCUAGCGUGAUGCGAGGAAGCCCCAUCAGCUUCCCCCUCAACGGCGUCAUCAAGGGUUGGACAGAGGGAGUCCAGCUCAUGAAGGUGGGAGGAAAGAGCAAGUUGACGAUCCCGCCGGAGCUUGCCUACGGGGAGAAGGGCACCGGCCCCAUCCCAGCAAACGCCACCUUGGUUUUCGAGGUGGAGCUGCUGGAGAUCGAGGGCGGAGCCCCCACCCCCCAAGCCGCCCCAUCCACCGAAGCCGCUGCCCCCUCCCAAGAGUAGAGAGAUCCCAAAUGGAAGAAAAAACACCGGUGUAUGAAUAUAUACGCACAUAGAGAAGAAUGUUGGGUGAUAGACACGGUAGGGAGACAGGUACUACGUUGUUUUUCUGCCGUUUGUUUGCGGGCUUUUGCCUUCGCGGGGUAUACAUGUCUAUCGGCGCGGGGUUAGUUGCCGUCCGCACGAUACAACACUGCUGCUGCUGCUGCGUCCUGAAAGGAGCGGUGGUUGUUGCGGUAUGCGUUAAUUGUGUCGGGAUUUGUUUUCGUUUUCGUGAGGGUGUUGUCUACGUGGUAAAUGUUGCUUUACCGAUGAUCGAGGCGAGAGUUGGUUGUUUGAGACGGGCGCUGGAGGAAAGCUACAAGCAGUUACGGCUACAGCUGUAUGAUGU